AUGAGUACCGAAGAGUCAACUCUAUUGAAUUGGUCGAAUGAUCUCGUAGAUUCACUCUGGUUUCGUAUUUGUAAUUAUUUGACUGUCGCUGAUAUACAUCGUUUAGCUCGUACAUGUUCUCGUCUUCAUACACUUUUGAAUAGUAAUGAUUUCUGGUCUUAUCUUAUUCGUAAAAAAUUCGGUCAUGCAAUAUGGUAUCGUUUGAUAAAAACCUCAUCUAUAUUUACUGAUCCAAUUUCACUGUCCGAUUCCGUUAAUAAAGCGUGUCGAUCGAAGUUAAUCUAUCUCAAUUUAACGAAACGUAAGCAAAUUGCCUUUUCGGAAUUGACUCGUUUUUCGUUUGAUAUCAAUCGAACUUACACAAGUACCCCCGAUUCAUCUAGUCUCAAUGGUUACGUUCUACACAUCAAAGACUCGCUUGAACUGUGUUAUACAUUACAUAUCGAAACAGUUUUCAAAAACAUUCUUCCCGGAAAGUACGAUGUUAUCUGGCGUAUGAAAUUGAACCUACCUUACAUGUUAGGCGCAACGGAAUUUUUUGCUGUUGCCGAACAAAUCCAUCCAAGUCAAAUGGCAUACAUGCGAUGGACACAAGAGGAUUUUUCAUUAAUGUACAGAUGUUUUUAUUGUGAUUUAACGAAAACAAACUUGUGGUUUUAUCAAAGCAUAGGCUUUGUCGAAAUUCAUGGUGAUCAACCAUGCGAUGUUUAUGUAUCUAUGGUAAAUUAUGAUUCAAUUCAUGCUAAACACGGCGUGUAUUUGGAUUAUGUUGAAUUAAAACUGUGUUUAGAAUAA